AAGCUGCUAUCAGUCUGAUCUGAUGGGAGAGAGGGGAGUGAAAAUGGCAUUUCUGUCAAUUACUUGAGAUGGCACCCGUUCAAUAACCCCCCUCUCCCUCUGCUUCUGUGUGUGUGUGUGUGUGUGUCAGGAGCGUGAUGAAGAACGGCGCAGGCAGCUGCGAGAGAGAGCCAGGCAGCUGAUAGCGGAGGCUCGAUCUGGAGUAAAGAUGGCUGAACUGCCUCUCUAUACUGACUCCACCUCUAUAGCCUGUAGUGCAGCUGGGAACAACUUAAAAGGAAGGUCAAAGACAGCUGGAGACGUGGUGGAUGGGAUGAGUGUGGAGGGUGAGGAUGAGGAGAUCAGGAGUGAUACUAAGGCAGCAGCAGCAGCGGCGUCUCAUGCUGAUGAUGUCACUCAUACUAACCCCGAGGAGGAACUGUCGUCUUCAUGUCUAAUGGAGGAUGAUUUUACUAACUCUGCUAGUGACCUGGCCGCUCUGGGUGUGAUGAACAGCAGGCAUGUGGACCUGAAGCUCAAGAAGCUCACAGAGAUCCGGCCACAGGGUGGCAGCUCUCCUUCAUCUUCAUCAUCUUCCUCAUCGCUGACGGCAUCCAGCACUUCACCCCUCAGCCCUGAAUCAGGCGGCAUGCAGACUAAUGUUGAUGAACUGCAUGCAGAGCGUCUUCGCAGGGCAACCGAACGUCUGCGCAGUCCCGUUGUCUUCCACAAGGAGUCUGCCGUUAGGAAAACACAGCUCAAAUCAUUCAGCCAAUACGUAGAGACCAGGCCAGAGGUUAAAAGGCAGAGAUCAGUGCCUGAAGAUCUAAAGCGGGCAGCCGAGGAGAGAGGAGCUUUGACAGAGACAGAAGGACGAAAGCCAACUGAAGAUGAACAGAAAGCGUUCAAAGACACCAGUCAGUACGUGGUGGGAGAACUGGCGGCGCUGGAGAGCGAGCAGAGGCAGAUCGACACGCGGGCCUCGCGUGUGGAGAAGCGUCUGCGCUAUCUCAUGGACACAGGCAAUAAUAAAGAAGAGGAAGAGUCCAUGAUGCAGGAAUGGUUUACGUUGGUCAACAAGAAGAAUGCUCUGAUUCGCCGACAGAACCAGCUCUCUCUGCUGGAGAAGGAACACGAUCUGGAGAGACGCUUUGAGCUGCUGAACCGAGAAUUAAGGGCAAUGCUGGCGAUUGAAGACUGGCAGAAGACAGAGGCGCAGAAGCGCCGAGAGCAGCUGCUGCUGGAUGAGCUGGUCAUACUGGUCAACAAACGUGAUGCACUGGUCCGAGACCUAGACGCCCAGGAGAAAGAGGCUGAGGAGGAAGACGAGCACCUGGAGAGAACCCUGGAACAAAACAAAGGCAAGAUGGCAAAGAAAGAGGAGAAGUGCGUUCUUCAGUGACGGUCAUUUCCCAGGCAAAAGAAAAGGAGCAAGAUGACAUAUACACUACAAAAUCUGGAAAUGUAUUUGUGUCUUAGAGACCACAGCAUACACCUUAUUAUUGUUGUUUUAAAUCUUCAUAUGUAGAUCUUUUUGCUAUCACUAAGGGCUUAAGAACCGCUGAAUGCCCAGAGAUGCAUCCUGUUUUAUUAAUACCUGAGAUUUGUUAUUUCACAUACACAAAUACAAAACCUGUAUUAUUAUUAUUAUUAUUAUUAUUAUUAUUAUUAUUAUUAUUAUUAUUAUUAUUAUAAGGUUUGGUUUGUUGGAUUUCACAAACAAGGUACUUAAGGAACUAAUAUUUGAGGAGAUGCAAAGCUGUACAAUUUCCAAAACUUUGACUAAAUGGUUAAUGCAUUAUAAUACAGAUUAAUCUGAACACUGAGGCAUUCAAAGCCUUCCCAAUGUGUUUCUCUUUCUUACAGGAAAUUAUUACUCAAAGUUUCGGUACACACUUUUAACCUGGGACAUGUUUUGUUUGUGAAUAGGAUUGGGUUUCAAAAUCAUAUCACAUUUCAGUUUUAAGAAAAUCUGUCAACAUGUUCUUCUCUAACAAGAGCUGAAAUGUUUUAAUUACUCAACUUUCUAAGUGUAGAAUAUUUGAGAUGGGGGACUUGUUGCGUUUAAAAAUAUAUUUCGUGUUUUUUUUAUGUUUAAUAUGUUUACUAAAGAUUUUAGAGCUUGCUUUAGUGAGAGAAAAGUAAAAUACUGCGAGUGCAUAUAAAAAAUAAAUAAACGGUCAUGUUGUACAUUUCAUUUUGCUGCUGGAGGCUUAAAAAAUCUUGAAAAAAACUACUUUAUUUUCAGAAGCAGUAACGAUCAGUGUAAUUUAUUACUGUUUGCUUUUAUUACUGUUUGACACGUUUUUAAAGUAACCAUCUUCACAUUCCUGUACAUUUGCUCAAGGACUUUAAUAUUUAUUGUAUAGUUAGAAGGGAGGCUUUUCUUGUCCGCAUAUUUCAGUUCUACGUCUUUAUUGUAUGAGCAUCACCGGUUUAUUUAUUCCAUUGUACUAUAAAUAUCACUGCUCAAUAAAAUCCAAAUGUUUCAUACUCGAA